AUGACAUCCUACCUUCAGAAAGAAAGAAUCCCAGACCGGAGGAAGACCUCGCGAGCCGUUCUUAUCCAUAACAAAGGUGACCGAGAGGACCUUUGCAACUACCGUCCGAUAUGCUUGCUGAGCGUGUUAUACAAAGUAUACACCAAGAUCAUCCUCACACGCAUAUCUAAGAUGUUGAAUGAAGCGCAGCUUCAAGAACAAGCUGGAUUCCGUCAGAGGUUCAGCUGCUUGGACCACAUCCAGACCGUGUCGAGGGUCAUAGAGGUUUGCCGGGAAUACCGCCUGCCCCUUGUUCUAACCUUCGUCGACUAUGAGAAAGCCUUUGACAGCGUAGAAACGAAUGCAGUACUAUCAGCGCUGGUCGGUUAA